CCUCCCCCCUUUUUCUCUCUCUAAACCAGGUGAGGUUUAGCGGUCGAUAGUUAUGGUGGUUCGUUCACUUUCAGCUCUCUCUCUCUCUCGCUGUCUCAAUUUUGCUUUCUCUACAGUGGAUUUGCCCUUUAUUUUAAUUAGGUAAGUACAGGGCCCCAUCGAAUUUUCUACUCCUUUUUUUAAGAUUUUUAUUUUUUAUUUUGGAACAACAGGAUUAAUCUCUUUCACACCAACUCCUCGAUCAGUUGCUUACAUCUUAGGGAAGGGGUUUAAAUUAGUGAAAACGGUGGGUGGGUUAAGCACCAAUAAGGUCAUAAUCAAGGAGAAGGAGAAAACAAAUAUUAUUUUUGAAGGGAAUUUUUGAACUUUGUAGUUUUGUUUGAUUUCUCUCUGUUCGAUUACUUCCCCAUCUUUGAUUUGAUAAGAUGAGUUGAGGUUGUGAAUAGAAAAAAAGAUCCAUGGAUUAAGAAGAAUGUUUCAUGAAGAUGAUGAUGAUUUAGAUCAAGGAAAAAGAGAAAAAGAAAAGUUCACCGUAGAAAUUUAAUGGAAUUGAGAGGUCAACAAGACAAGGAAAUAGGGAUCCCAAUAAGCUCCUUGAGUUAUAAUCCUCCCAUUCGAGAAUCAUCUUUAUCUUCAAAGGUAGUGAUCACACCGGCAGGAGGAGGAGGAGGAGGAGGAGGAGGAGGAGGAGGAGGUGGUGAAGAAAGAAGAAGAGAUGGGACUGGGAAUGGAAAUGGAACUUCAAUUCUCAACCCAUCAUCUCAAACCCUAGAUCAUCAUCGCCAUCUACGUCCCCAGCAGCAGCUUUUCCAGCAUCAUCGUCAUCAACAACAACAACAACAACUAGACCCAGAUCCAGUUCCAGUGGCUAUCUCUGUUGGUGGUGCAACUAGUUUAGCAGCAGUUGCAGGUGGAUCGAACUCGGCAAGAACACCAACAACCCCCAAGAGUUCCGUCACCGUCCGGUAUAGGGAACAGAGAGGGAGAGCGAGAGAGAGGUCGAUCGAGAUCUGAGCUUUUGCUUGCAGA